ACUCAAGUGGAUCCAAAAUGUCGUCGUGUGCAGAAAAAUAAAUUUAAAAUCCAUUUUUGGAGCAAUUUUACGAAGAGUUGAGCUUCCAAAUGUACUUCAAUCGACAGCUGAACCCCAAAACUACACGAAAAUAAUCAAAAAUUUGCACAACGACCUCGCACAGUUGCCAAGAAUAAACAAUGAGUGUUCACAACUUGGGCAAGAACACAAUUGUGCCAAUUCACAACAAUAAACGUGCGGAAAGCACACAUUCCGGUCGAAGUCGUCAUCAUCCGCGUCAUCCACACCAAAAUGGGUCUCCAAAGAUGUCACUUUUCUCAUGGUUGGAGUUUGAAAAGGCAUCGCAAGUUGGUUCGAUUGCCUCGGAACGUCCCACAAGUCAAUUAUCGAACUUUUCGGGGCUGUCGGGCGUCGAUGAGUUCUUUGUCAUCGGAAAUGGAAAUCGUGCAGAAACUGUUGACUCGGGAACUUAUUCGCUGGAUACGUUUCAACAACGAGCCAGUAGCACAGAUUACCAAAAAAUCAUCACGGAACUCAAUAAAGAGUUGCUCAGCGCUAAAACAGCAAAUAUCCAGCUGAAGUUCAAGUUGGAUGAAACCGCAGCGUUGCACGAAAUGGAAUGGACUGAGAAGGUGCGUCGCUUAUCGAACGAAAAUCGGAUCAUUUUGGAGCAGAAAAUGAACACGGAUAAGGUCAAUGAAGAGCUAAAGUCGCAAUUGGCGUUGCUAAAAAGGAAUCGAAGCACGGCUUGUGACGACAACGAAGUGAAUGAACUCAAAAUGAAGAUUGAAUUGCUCGAACAUGAUCGACAAAAGGACGAAUUGGAGCUGUUUCAAAACAAAAAUUUGAUCGCUGACUUGCAAAUUAUGCUCGAAACGAAGGAAAAAUCGAGUCAAAGCAUCAAGGAGCAAAUGAUCGACAUUCAUGCCAAGAACCAAGAUCUCGUUUUAAAGAUCAAACGAAUGGAAAAUGAGACAUCGACGAUGAUGAAUGAGAUUGAAAUGCUCAAAAAGUCCGAAAGUUGGUACAAACACGAGCUGCACGAGUGUCAAAGCAAGAAAUUAAAGUUGCAAGAGGACUUUAUGACGUCAAAAAAUGAACUUCAACUGGAGAAAAAUAAAAAUUCUCGCUUGUACGCCGAAUUUACGCAACUUUUGCGCAAUUGUGAGGACAUUGAAGCAAAAGCAAUUCGUGAAAAAGAGAGCAUGAUGCGAAAACUCGAGAAUAUUCAAGCAAAUUUGGGUGCUUCGAUGGAUAAAAAUCACUUGAUCAACCACGUGAAGGACGUUUAUGACAAACAAGCUGCCAUGUUACAAGUUGACGAAGCGAAAAAGGAACUUUUUCACACGCAAAAGAAAUGCGAACAGCAAGAAGCGCUCAUCAAACAGAUGGAACAGAAGCACAAAAGUUACGUUUCCAACGAAGCUUCUUUGCAAAAACAAAUUUCCGAGUUAACUCAGCAAAUUUCGUUACACGAAUCGAAAACCAAAGAGCUCGAAGAGAUAAUUUCCGGUCUCGAAGGCCAACGCAACACGCUGACAUUCCAAAAUCAGGACCUCCGUGCCGAACAUGAAAAGUUACUCGUGCAUUACGAAGCCAUGUCGAAGGAAAAAUCCAAAAUUGACGAAACUGUGUUGAAAUUACGGGAAGAUUGUGAGGUCAUUAUGUCACGUUUCGAGCACAUCAGUCAAGAAUUGGCGGAAAAAGAAGCUCUUGUGUCGUCGUUGACUUUUGAAAACAAACUUUUGCAGGAAAAAUCCAAAGAUGAGAACGCUUUGAAGAAUCUGGUGACGGAAAAUCAACUUUUGAAGAGCGAUUUGUUGAUGUGCGAGACAAAAGUUGCAAGUCAAAACGAUGAAAUUUCCCAAUCGAAGCGAGAAUUGAAGCAAAAAGAUGCAGAAAUCACCGAAUUAAAGAAUAAAAUCGAAAUCAAAAGACAAGAGAUUGACUUAUUGACCGAAUCUAACCAACUUUCGAAGCAAGAAGUGUCACAAAUGAUCAAUCAACUCCAAAGUACGUUCAACGAAUUAAAAUUAAAGAACGCCAAAAUCAGUUCUUUGUUGGAUAUGAACCAAAGUAUCGAAAAAGACUUCAAAGCGAUGAAAACUGUAAUGGACGACUUGCAAAUUUCGUUGGAAAAAAUCACAAAAGAACGAAAUUGCUUGAGAGAGGAGCUCGGACAGGCUUAUGAUGUCAUCGAAAAACACUCGGAGCAGCAAAAAUUCAAUGAAAAACCGAAAAUUCAAGCAACAACAGUUGAAAAAGGUGUUUGUUGUGACUUCCUUUCGCACGAAAUUGACAGUUUAAAAGCUGAAAUCGAGAUUAUGAAGACGGAUUACAUUGAGAAAUUAUCUAAAAGUGAAAGUCAGUCGAAAUGUUUGACCAAAAAGCUGAAGGAAGAGAUGAAACAGAGGUAUUUCGUGGAACAAAAUGCGAAUGACAAGAAUGAUUUGGCACUUUCGAAUGCUGAACUGCAAGCAAAACUGGAUUUAUGUACAAAUAAAAGUACAAUUCUUGAAGCGAAAUGCACAAAUCUUCAAACUGAAGUCGAUAAACUCGAGGAUGAGCGUCUAAAUCUCAUCACGUACAUGAAAGACAACAAUUUAUUGCAAGGAGACGAUGUAAUUCUCUCGUUAAUUCAUUUGAACGACCAAAUUGGCAUCUUGAACCAAAAAAUCUUUGAGACCGAAGACGCUUUGAAGAAAACCAACGUUGAAUUGUCGCACAAACAACACGAUUUUAUGACCCUGCAGAAGGAAAAUGAAUCCAUUAAGGCACAUCUCAAGUCAAUUUCGAGCUCUGCUGCCUCCAUCGCCAACUACGAGGCGCAACUAAUCCAACUACAAUCGGCAAUCGAUGCGAAAACUGCCGAAAAUGAAACGCUAAACAAGGAAUUGCUUUCCUUGCACAACCAAAUCAAAAACAUCACCGCUACAUGUGAUGAGCUGAAAUUAAAUCUCGUAACUGCGUCUAGUCAAAACAUAGAAUUAAGUGAUACAAUAAACGAUUUGAAAAAUCAACUACAUUCCAACGGGCUGGAGAUCCAACUGCUCGAAGAGAAAUGCGAAUCUUUCAAAAAUAUCGAGCGAAAUUUGAUCCAAUCGAAGGAUCAGCUUGUGCGCGAAAUGCAACAGUUACGCAAAGAGCUUUCGCUUGAACAUUCGGAAAAGUUAGAUUUGCAAAAACUUACCACGGAACUCAAAUUCGCGCUGAGUCAACUAAUGGACUCUGCAGCUCCAUCUACCGCUUCCAUCACAAACGGUAAGGAUAGUGCGCCAUCUUCGCCCGGUAAAAGUUUGCCAUCCAUCACACGACGCACGGAUUUCUCAAAGACCUUGGAGAUCUUGGAGAAAAGUGCAAAGACAAAGUCGACAUCCUUGGCGCCGUUACAAGAAUGCGUCGACUCGUUGAAGCAAGAAAUGGACAUGCUGAAUCGCAUGAUUCGCCAAAAUAGUCAGAUUCGAAAUGAAAUUACGGAAAUGUCGUUGAUGGAUGAGCUGAGAGCCGUGUCGGAAAGAUGAAAUAUGGUGCACUAAAGAGAUGGUGAAAACUUCCCCCAAAAAAAGUAUUAAUUGCCAAAUUUUACGUAGAAAAAUUGUAGGUGCAAAUUUUGCAUACAAAACAGAUCCAGAAGUAAUUUUAGACAAAGACUGUUGCACUUUGAAAGAUUCAUAGCUUAGCUAAAUCUGAAAUUAGAAGAACCAUAUUUUACAAGUUAAACUUUUUAGGAGGAGAUACCUUGCCAUAAAUUUCAUCACCAUUUCUAGUCUACUUUUGCUUUCCAAGGCACUAAAACUUUCAAGAUCUCUUCGGAACUUGUCUUCGUUUGUCUAUUUUUGUGUUUUUAACCGAUUGGAUUUGAUUUUAUUUGAACUUUAAUUUCAUAAAAUUAUUUUUACUCUUAAAAAACUUUGAAAUUUUGAUAAGAUUUUAAUUUUAAAGCAUUUUGAGGUUAUGUUUUGUUGUGAUCUUAACAAAACAUAACCUCAAAAUGCUUUGAAUUUAAGAUCUUUAUGUGAUUUUUUAAGAGUUAAAAAUAAUUUUAUGAACUUAUCGUAAGUUUUAAUGCACAAAACUCGUGUUCCUUGUUUUUUUGUCGUACUUUAGAGUUCCUUAGAGAUCAUCUCCACAGCCAAAUGGAGUCGAAUUUAUAACUUAACCCCUAUUUAUAGUCAAAGAGAGUAUUUAAUAUAUAUAUUUCAAAGUAUUUAAAAAGUUGUAAGAUUGCAUGCUUCUUAUAAAAAGAGACAAAUAAAGAUAU